AUGGAGCGGCGCGUGGCGGAGCAGCGCGUGGCGGAGCGGCUCCGCAGCACGCUGGGCCCGCUCGGCCUCGAGGCGCACGCCUUCAAGGUUGGGUGGUACAAUGCUGUUCUCCAGCCAGCUUUCCACCUCCCCUACCCCGAUGACACACUGGCCUUUGUGGUCCUCAGCACACCUUCGAUGUUUGACAAAGCCCUUAAGCCUUUUGUGAACAAAGAACGACUAAAAAUAAUCAGGGAUCCAGUGGAUCAGUGUGUUUCCCACCAUUUAUCACGUGUGAAGGAGAAAUUCCCUGACCAGAGGGUGGAUGUCAUGUUUGAUUAUGAGAUGCUGCCAAGCCGAAAGCCCAAGUUCCUGGCACAGACAGCUGCCCAUGUUGCUGGAGCUGCAUAUUACUACCAAAGGAAGGAUGUGAAGCUUGAUCCCUGGGGGAAAAAGAAGAUCUUUGGCGUUUGUAUCCAUCCCAAGUAUGGAGGCUGGUUUGCUAUCCGGGGUCUCCUGCUCUUCCCAGACAUUCAGGUGCCGUUCCUGGAACAGCCCACCCCUGUUGACUGUGUGAGCACGGAGGAGAAAAGGAUUGAGCUGCUGGAGCAGUUCAAUUUCCACUGGCAGGACGGCCGCUACAGGGACAUCAUCGAAGUGAAGGAAAGGUACUCGGAGGAGCAAAAAGCCUAUUUUGCCACUCCUCCAGCCGAGAGAUUCCGGCUGCUGGGGCUCUCACAGGAAGCGCAGAGAAUCACAUUUCACUGAGAAACAGACUCCGAGGAGGGCAGAGGGCAGCAAAGGGUAACUCAUGAGCACCGGCUUUUCCCGGUGCCGAGGAGGAGGAGGAGCAGGAGGAUGGUUAUGGUGAUACAGAGAUGGCAAAUCCGAGCAGCCUCAAUGCAGACAUCGGCUUCCCAGAGAGGGGCAGAGCUCUGUGGUCUGGGGGAGGUGGGAGCCGUCUGUUCUGUGCUGCUGCUGCUGCUCUGGGGUGUCCUUUGGGGAGCCCAGUAAGGUCCCAGUUAGCCUUGCUUGGGAGUAGUUUAGACAUCCUGGCAACUUUAAAAUCCAUGCUGCUCAUUAGAGAAAUCGCUCUUGUUCUCAAUUACUUUCUUUCUGAAUGUUCUGUUUUUAUUCUUUGUGAGUGUAAAAAACAAAAAUAAUUCUAUCAUUGUACUGCUUAGUUUGAUUUUGUCUAAACUUGGGGUAGGUACUUCCUUAGAUGUAGCCAGCAUUUUAUUAUCCUGUGUCAUGAUUCUCCCUAGGGAGCAGAUGUCCAGUCUUUUCAGUCUUGCCUAGGUCACAUUUAAGCAUUUAUCCAUUUAUAGAGCAUCUGCCUGGAGUAUUUGGAAAGUUGCUGGGUUAUGUCCAUAUGAGUGGAGGUUUUACUCGUGUUAAGAUAACAGACUGAAAAAGACAAUUUCCGUAGCUUUUUCUAAGGUAAACCACAUUUGUGUUAAAAGUAUUUUUCAGUGCCAGCACACAGCACACCCCUCACAGUUACUGCCACAGUUUCCUGGUGUGCUUUCUGUUUGGGGAAGAUUGUAAACCUGCACACACGUAAAAGCUGUGGCACAAAGCUUUGUCACAUGCACAGGCAAACAAGCACAGAAGAAGGGAAAAUAUUAAUGACAUUCAUGUUACUUGUAUUGCUGGAUAAAACAUGUUCAGACAGAACCAUAACAUUUUUCACAUUACUUUGUCCUCUUAUAUUUGUUCAGAGGCUACAGUGCACCUGGAAAUAAGGAAUUAAUUUAUCUUUGAGCAAUUUGAGGCUCAUAUCUCAUUAAAAUAAUAUUUUGUAGGAGUUGUUUUACUGGACUGCAGUGCAAUGCUGCAAAUGGACAGGUACUUUUUUCUUUUUGAUGGUAUCAACACGAUGAUGAAGAAGAAAUACUCACUUUGCAGAACUGAGCCCUUUCUAUGUUGCGAUUCUUCAAACCUUUUGGAGACUCCACCACAGAGAUUGCCCUCACCAUUGUUCACUGCUUGAUACACUUGCUCAUAGUCUGUACACUAACUCAUUGUAAUCCAAAUUCAGGAUAGCAAGUUUGCUUCCCUUUAAGCAGAGAAGUGUGUGAUCACUGGGUUUGUUCACUGCAUUUGCUGUUACAAAGAAAUCUUUGUUGCUUUUCAUGCUUUGUUCAUCUCUGACUAAGGCAGACACCUGACUUAGAAUGUGAUAGAGGUAUUGUGAUGUUUAAUUUAAGUUGAAGAAUGAAAUUUGUUUAAAAUCUGUUCUGUUUUUUAUAGAAUUACUUCUGGUUCAAAUUUGUUUGAUGUUUCAGAACUUUCCAACUGAACUUUAAUUUAACAGGGGCUUGAGCUAAUGGCUCAUAUUAGUAACAAAGACAAAAUACUGAUUCUCUUAGAAGGAUAAAUAUAGAUCUGAACAAAACGUAUUACAAUUUAAAGUGAAAUAUUUUGAUUUUUUGGUAUUGAUUUCUUAAAAAUAUUUAAUAUUUUGUCUUAAU